CUGCACGAUAAUUGCGAUGCGCUAGUUCCAAUUACUGUGUACCACUUGCUCAAAUAGUGUCGAGAGCAACAGUCCACUUUGGAGUUGGGUACUGUGACAGAGUAAGAAAGGAUCAGAACUUUAAAUUUCCCUCCCGAUCAGAAAGGGCGUUCUGUAAGAUUGGUGGCAUGCUUCUUCCUAGAUGGACCGCUUUGACGGUAAGCGGAAACCGGAAGGUGACCAUAUUAGGGGGAGCAUGUAGUUGCACAUACCUGAAAGGACUCUAUUGCAAGCAGCUGUGGGGCGGCCCUGCAGUGGAGAAACCAUGGCGAUGGGGUGCUUGCAGGGAGGAGUUUCUGGUUACAAAGGGGAAGCAGCUAGAUCAGUACUGUCCCUUGCGCUGACAUGAGAGCUGGAGUGAAUGAGCGUGUGUUAUUGUCUGUCUCGUGUUUUUGUGUUUUUUCUAGAGGAGGAGUGAGUCUGGAGCUGCAGCCACAGAGCCAACACAAAUCUCGGAGCAUGUCCCUCGCAGCACAAAACAGCACAGCACAGCACUGAACACGCAUCACAAUCCCUGAACGAAAGGAGCACAGUUUCGUGCACGGAGGAUUGUGGUUAAGGAGUGCUUUAUUAUUUUAUCAGGACUGAAACCUGCCUUAUUUCUCCCCGAUAUCAUAGUUGGUAGAGAGGCGGACUGUUUAUUAUUUUUGUGUUAUUUUUGUAAAUAACCACAGAUAUUUUUGGAAGAAUCCUACCUGGGCAUUGGAUUUAUUACCGCACCACUCACAUCCUGUUUACAAAUGGUUUUAGAGGUGGGAUAUGAAAGAUGGACCCCAGGAUUUUGAAUACAAUGUUGGAGGCACAGGCACGGAGGCAUGAAGAGAACUUGGCAGCGGUGAUGGAGAGGAUGCAUGCCAUGUUCCUCGCAGCCAACCAGAGGCUGUAUCAGCAGUGACUCCUCCAAAACCAAAAGUGGUGAAGAUGUCACUGGAGGAUGAUCCCGAGGCUUACAUGACAUUCUUUGAGAGGCAGGCGACAGCAGCCUUAUGGCCUCGGGAGUGGUGGGCUACCCAGCUGGGACCCAAUCUGAUCAGGGAAGCCCAGGCAGCCUACCAUGCUUUAACCCAGGAACAGGCCUUGGAUUACGACCUGGUGAAGAAAGCCAUACUCCAGAGACUGGAUAUCAUGGAGGAGACACACCACCACCGGUUCCAAGAGUACCAACUCCCUAAAGUCUGACCCAGAGUGAUGGCCCAGCAGUUGGUGGACCAGGUGACCCGGUGGCUCUGCCCUGGCGAACGUACGGCUGAAGAGGUGGCUGAGUUUGUCACCAUCGAGCAGUUCGUACGAUUGCUGGGGCCAGAAGCCAGUAAUUGGGUCAUUCGGCACAGACUGGCUGAGGGGUACGAAGACUCCAUGCCCACACCGCUGCUCACCCUGAAAAAUGCAACACCGGUGCCUGCCUUUAACAGACCCCGGACAGCCUGCCCAGGAUCAGGGCCCCCUCAACCAUGCUCCCGUCAUUCCGUGAUCAGCACCCUCUUGGUCCCCAAUGGGCGGCCUCACUCCACAGCAUUGGAGGCCAAGGUCGACCCCCAGCUGGGGUAGAGUAGGGGCCCCCUCCCUGCUGUCAGGUCGACAGCAGGACAAUCAAGCUUCGUGGGCGCCCUCUACCUUGGAGUGUUACCGGUGUCAUGGGGUCGGCCACCUUGCCCGAAAUUGCCCCUCAACAAUGGAGUGUGGUGCGGCCUCGCAUUUCACCAGUGACCGCAGAUGUCACAGUCAGAGAGAGACAGUAUCGAAUCCCGGAGAGCCGCAGAGGUGCAGUUGGCCGGGAGGUGGGGGAUCGAACUUGGAGUCAUUGAGCCUUCCCGGAGUGAGUGGAGCAGCCCCUUCCCUGAGCGAGUGGAGCAGUGAUGGUGCCUAAGAAGGACGGCUCCACUUGGUUCUACGUGGAUUUCAGAAAGGUUAAUGCCAUCUCCAAGUUUGGUGCAUAUCCCAUGCCCCGUGUGGACGAGCUCCUUGACCGACUGGGAGGAGCGCUGUUAGUUUCGACUUUUGAUCUGACGAAGGGAUACUGGCAAAUUCCACUGACCCAGAGUUCGCAACAGAAUGAUGAACACACUACAAUGGAGUUGUUAAGCACUGGAAAUGCAGCUUACCCAACAGAAUACUAUGAUGACAACUUCAAUGAAGGUUAUGUUUAUCUCUGUGACAUUGAUGGUUUAAUCCAAUUUGGUGAAAAGUUUGUACCAUGUUUCUACUACCUGGUUUUUCUGCUGAGCCUGCUAGGGAAUGGAUUGGUCUUGUACAUCAUUUUUAAAUUUGAAAAACUGACAACUGUAACCAACAUAUUUAUUCUCAACCUGGUCAUCUCUGAUUUGGUGUUUGCAUCUUCUCUUCCAUUCUGGGCUUCAUACCACUCUUCUGAGUGGAUCUUUGGAAGUACAAUGUGUAAACUUAUGGGCAGUGUAUACUUUAUUGGUUUCUAUAGUUCCAUCAUGUUCCUGACCCUGAUGACUUUUGACAGGUACCUAGCUGUAGUUCAUGCUGUAAUUGCUGCAAAGAGAAGAAGGAUUGUGUAUGCUUUAAUUUCAAGUGCUGUGGUUUGGGGCAUAAGUUUUGGGGCAACCAUAAAAGAACUUGUUCUCUAUGACAUUAGAGAAGAUAAUGGAAGGGGUACUGUAUGCGAAGAAACUGGAUAUCCUGCAGACUUUAUGGAGAAAUUGAAGCUAGUGGGCUAUUUUCAGCAAGUUAUGCUGUUCUUCCUACUUCCUCUCAUUGUUGUUCUGUAUUGUUACUCUAGAAUAGUCAUCACAGUAAUUAAAACCAAAAUGAAAGAAAAGUGCAGGGCAAUAAAACUCAUAUUCCUCAUUGUAGUGACAUUCUUCCUGUGUUGGACACCGUAUAAUGUUGUGAUAUUUUUAAAGGUGCUACAAAUCAUGAGAAGCUCUACUUCAGUUGACUGUAACAAUGACCUUGACUAUGCAUUGUACGUUACUCGUAAUAUAGCUUACUUGUACUUUUGCGUAAAUCCAGUAUUUUACACAUUUGUUGGUAAAAAGUUCCAAGGCCAUUUUACCAAACUGUUUUCAAAGUGGAACCCUUUCAGGAUUCGGUCUCAAAGCAGUCACAGUGGUAGGACUAGUGAUCACAGAAACCCUCAAACUUUGAUCUGAGUUAUUCAAUUGGAUACUACAAAGUUUGUUUUACCUUGAAGCAAUGAGUAAAAAAAACAUCCAUCAUCCUAUCAUAAUGAUAUUGUUUAGACAUUAUUUACAUACACACUAGUUUUGAUGUUUGUAUAAUAUGAUGGAUUCUUUUUUUAUGUGUAUAAAGUGUAACUGUCUUUUUCAUAAAUACACCAAAACUGUACAUAUAAGCUUGUAAUUCCAUGUUGAGUUUCUGAUGACACUGAUAAAUCACGUGUGCUAUUGCUUUCAUGAAUCUAUAUUCCUCCAGAAACCCUUGUAUCAUGUACAUUUGAUAGUACAUUAUUACUUAUAUUACAUGAAAGAUCAUGUAUAACUUGAAUUGUGUGUUCUGCAUUUUAACAAGGAAAUGUUUUGACUGUGAUGCUUUCUGUCAACAAGUGACCAGCUACUGUAUGCCUUGCUUGGGCAACCAAUAAAAAUUAUGUUUGUAAAAAACAAUGUCUGUAUGGCAAAAAAGGUUUCUCAUGUCCUAUGCAAAAAUUUUUAAAAUUAAAAUAAAUAUGAUUUUGGA